AUGGCAGGAAAAAAGGCGUUGCCAACUCUCCUUCCCAAUGGCGUUCCCCCACCGCAAUCUGGCCAAGCUCCACCUCCACCACACAAUGGUCCUAAGCCAGUGCUUCGUGUUAAUCGUGCCUGUAAUGCCUGCCGAAAACAGAAAAUGAGAUGCGAAGGCCCUGAUAACCCACCAUGUGCGAGAUGCCGGGCGAAUGCAACCGAAUGCAUCUUUGAAAAGGUUCCGAAAUCUGAUCCUGACUCGAAUGAGCGUUUACAGAAGCUCGAAACACAGUUUGUGACUAUGCAAGCGACGCUCAGUGAGAUACUCGCCGAGCUUAGGAAUCCGUCUCGACAUCUAGUUGACCCAAUCAACUCGGCUCUCCUCACCAGCACACCGACAUCCGCCACUCUCCUCCACGAGCUCCCAAACAACAGCCGCUCGCAGCUCACUCAACCGCCCACACCCGAACCUACCCGACCUCCCGGGCCUUAUCCAUCUCAAAUUCGACAGCAGCGUCAGUUACCAAGCCUUCACUCCGUACUUCCUCGACAUUACCAUUCCCGCUCUCCUCCAGCUUCUACCAAGGCCUUUACUCAUCGGCCAAGCUCAGUACUCAAUCACCUUUAUCCACCUUCUCACCUUCAUCCUUCACACCGCCGAUUACCAGCCCCGUCAUCCCCAUAUCGUCCAACUCUACUUUCCGGGAUAACGAGUGCAGCAAAUUCAGAUGAUGAAGGUGAUAUCCCAAGCUCUGCAUUGCUCGCCCCGAUCGGAGUGUUGAAUGGUUAUCCAUCGCGUCCUGCACCUUCUCCUUACAGUACAUCCGUCGGGCUUUCUCCUCAUGGCACCCAGUCGACUCCCAGAAUGACUGCCUCAGAAGCCUCGCCUGCAGUUGAUGACGACGCAAGAUUGGGUACGCAAGACACCGGGCCCGAAGAGUUAGAAGGCCACAGUAUAUCUCAGGCAAAAUCCGAGGCGGUCGAAGACGAGAGGUCACCAGAGCGAGAGCAAGAUGCGAUUGAAAAGGGAAUUGUGAGCGAGGAAGAGGCAAUGGAAUUACAUCAGAUAUAUUUUACCGGAUGCUAUCGAGUUUUGGCUGUAUUCAACAAAUCAAUUGAUACCCUUGCUUCAAUACGAGCCCGUUCUCCCUUUCUUCUGAACUGUAUUCUCAUGACGGCGAGCAAAGCAAGAGACGGAGGCGGCCCACCAAGUCAAACCCAGAUGGCUCUUGUUCGUGAAUGCUCCUGUAUGGCCAAAGAGUACCUCUUCGGUCCUGUCAAAUCAGUUGAAAUCGUCCAAGGUUUGCUAUUAAUCGCCGGAUGGAGUCAUUCGACGGGUCCUAUUGGUUGGCUUGCUGCAGGCCAUGCUAUUCGAUAUGCGGUCGAGCUUGGGUUGCAUAAAGCUUUGCCUAGGCUUGCCCGUCGCCAAAACGUCCCCAGUACCGACCGCACGAGCGAUACUGAGCGUGCAUUGAUUGUUGCAGCUCGUACCUGGUGUGGACUAUAUGUCUUUGAGUACCAGAUAUCGUUUGGAACUGGUCGGCCCGCGAUGAUGAAAGGCGACAAGAGCUUGAUAAGAGCGAGAGACAUUCUUCUCAAACAUCCGCUGGCCAUACCAACUGAUGUUCGACUAGUGUCAACAUGCGAAUUGAUGACAUUGCAAAGUAAAAUACACGAUCGACUUGGUCCGUUGGAUGAACCGGUUAACGAAAAUCAAGUAAUCGAAACUCUGUCACAGAGCAUUGUUGAACUUGACGCCUGGCUGGCUGAAUGGACUAUAAUUAUGAGAGAGCUCGGACUCUCAUCUCGUGAUAUGGAAUUUUUUCACUCCUCGGCCAGAAUACAGUUGUUAUACGCCCAUCUUUUUCAUCACUGCAUCGCGCUAAGAAAUCUACAUACCAUAGCCGAUGCCAAGGCUUUGCGACCUGAGAUGAAAGCCGUAGCGCUGAGAGCAAUUGAAUAUGCUCAGUCAGCGAUACGAGUUUGUCUUGAUAAUGCAGAGUAUCGUUUUGGUUUAGAUAUGGACUUGGAUGUACAUGCGAUGAUCGUGAUGGUUGAUCAGCUGGCACACCUACUGGAAGAGGUGCCCGCCGGUAGGUUUGCUCGCUCGCUUUUUCAAAUGAUCAAAGUCUCCCAAGCACGGCUGCAAGCUAAAAAAGAAACGACCCCUCCUUCGGAUACCCGGACUGAGGCUUUGCCUAUUGUUGAUUUUUCUUCAAGUGCGGUCAUCCAGCCUUUGGGAGGAACCGAAUACACCAACGAUUUCGGGAACUUGAUGAGUUCGAAUCUGGGACUCUAUGAACACGGAGUUCCUAACGAUAUUGCCCAUGGACUGUUGAGCGUUGAUGGGGAUUGGCCAGAAUGGAUCCAAAAUUCGAUUUACGGAGAUUUACCCGUUUCCGGAGAUCAUGCAUUCGUUGGGACUGGCCAGGGAGAUUAUAAUAUCUAUCCGCCUUACUCUUAUCUGUCUACCAAUGUGGCUGAAUCCCGAACAACACUCUUGCGCGACAACCCUGUGGUUCAGGAGGUUUAUCUGACUUCCCUGAUGGAAACUGUUCUUCCGCAUGUCUCGCAGAGCUUACUAGAAAAAGCGUACAAGAAUCUAACUACUACUCGUACUAUUCGAUUUAAUAGAAAGAAGAAAACCCCAAGAUGGUGUUUUUUGUCACAGGACCCAAGCCAGUCCAAUAUAGCGGAGGGCAAGACAUUCAAAUUUCUGGAGGAGAUUGCCGGGUCUACAACCAAAAAUUUGAAUGUUGUUGCCUCACUGGAUAUACGUCUCCUGGUAACUGGUGAAGCCACCCCACCUAGCAAUCGCCGUAACACAUCUCGCCCAGAUGGACACCUUCAUAUAGCCAAGGCGGGCAAGCAGGUGGGAUGGUCUGAUAUCAUUAUGCCCAUGGAAUUCAAGAAAUCACGUAACGAUGAUUCAACAGUUGAUGGUUUUGGCAAGAUAUGUCUACGGACUUACCUGGAAGAUACAAAAGCAAGGCUGUGGUUCAACAAUCGGUCAGACAUAGUUGCUUCAGAAGAAUUUGACAUCAAUACAGAUUGGAAGCAGCUUGUUCGCAUUCUUCUGUCUAUACAGGUGGCCAACUCUGGCCAACUGGGUUUUGACUUCAGCAUGACCGCGGCUCCCAACAACAACGGAGAGUCGGAACCCUCGUAUGAUAUAACAGUUCACAAUGACAAGGCAAAAACCGCCUGUGUAUACCGAACUCUCCGAGUAAUCUCUGACCUCGGAACUGACAGUUUGACGGGCCGUGGAACUCGUGUAUGGGAGGUGCGGAAACUUGUAAACGGCUUGCCUUGUGGGCCUUCAUAUGCUCUCAAAGACGUAUGGGUGUACGCAGAUCGUACCGCGGAGCACCAGCUUCUGAAUACAAUUCGCACGACACACACGGAAUACGCUCAACAUCUUCUUACACCCAUCGACCAUGGAUUUGUUCCCCAUGACUCUGCUGCAACAUCAAUUCCCGACAGUACCCAUGAGCCUCUUGGCUGCAAAAGACAGUUUGAGCCAACAAAAAUUCUCUUACGUACACGCAAGCGGUUGGGUGUAGCUUAUAUGGGCACCUCCACUGGAAGCAAAACUCAUCUUGCAAGCACUUCAAGAGAUAGCAUUGGCCUUCCAGACCCCAUUCCUCCCUCAACCACGGAGGGGCAUUGCAACCCAAUCUGCCUUAGUGAUCAUACUCGAUAUCAUUAUCGAAUCGUAUUUCAGGAGAUUGGUACACCAGUACAGGAACUUCGUGUUUUUUCAAAGGUUUUCACUGCAAUACAAGGCGGGUGGGAAGGGCUUCAUGCCAUACACCUUUCCGGGAAGGUUCAUCGUGAUGUGAGUUCAGGGAAUGUGAUGCUGGUGCCAGCUAUGGGAACGUUGGCCGAACGAGGUGUGGUGUUGGACCUUGAAUACGCCAAGGAUAUUCACGACACAAGUACCCCUCAUGAUGUGAGGACCGGCACAAGAGCGUUUAUGGCAACAGAGGUCGAAGUUAUGACUCACCAUCGAUAUUUUGAGAUAACCCGAUCUCAGGAUGUGAGCGCUAGUAUUGACCUGGAUGAAUUGAUCGAGCAAUCAACACUUUGGUCUUCUAACUUGCCGAUGCGAGCACCUCCAUUUCGUCACAACCCGCUUCACGAUAUGGAGUCAUUCUGGUGGCUAUCAUCAGAGACCGGCGCGAAUCGCUCCGAGACUUCACCGGCACUCCAGCAGGAUACGACAAUGUCGGUAGUCAAUACCCAACUAGAAGAUCCAGCGCGGGCUACCGAAAUUGGAGCCGAAGUUUACAUGCCUGUUGGACCUGUUGCCCAAGCCGGUCCAGGCCAGCGCCGAUACACGGCAUUGGGAGUACAUGUUCUAGAUGGGUCGACGGUAUUCAUCAAAGAUGUCUGGCGAGAUGAACGCAGGUUAUUUUUUGAGGCUGCGCUGUACGAAGAGGCCCAUAAGGAGCAGGUGCUUUCAGGGCUAAUGACGGUCGAGGCUCACGGCUACGUCCUCGACGAAACACGAAAACCAAUUCGCACGCCGCGCAUCGCUGCGAAAGAUUCUGAUGAGUCAGGAGCUGAAUCGGAAGGUGCAAGAUGCGAAUAG